CUAAUCCAACGGUGAGAUUGAAUUCACCUGCAACACAGAAAACUUUCUUAACUUCGCUGCUUUGUUCUCUCUCCUUGUGUCAAAUCGUGAGUGCAAUCUCCAAUCAAAGUGGUUUAGUUUCAUACGCAGACACACUCCUUUUAAAACAGAGGAAUCCAACAUGGGAGCUGGAAGUUUCCUGAAGGUUGUUCUGAAAAAUUUUGAUGUUCUUGCUGGGCCUGUGCUCAGUCUUGCGUAUCCUCUAUAUGCCUCGGUUAGGGCAAUUGAAAGCAAGUCCCCCGUUGAUGACCAGCAAUGGCUCACUUAUUGGGUUCUGUAUUCCUUGAUCACCCUCUUUGAACUUACUUUUGCCAAAGCUCUUGAAUGGAUUCCCAUUUGGUCAUAUGCAAAGCUGAUCCUUACCAGCUGGUUGGUCAUUCCCUACUUCAGUGGUGCAGCCUAUGUUUAUGAGCACUAUGUUAGACCUUUCUUUGUCAGUACUACUGAGAACGUUAACAUCUGGUACGUUCCAAGCAAAAAGGAUUCUUUGGGGAAGCCAGAGGACAUGCUAACUGCGGCAGAGAAGUACAUUGAAGAGCAUGGAACUGAAGCAUUUGAGAAUCUGCUUAACAAGGCUGGUAAAACUAGGAAAAGUAGCAAGCAUGCAAAUGGAAGCUAUUGAAUGAUGAGAGAUGGGUUGCAUGUACAUGUUGGCUUAACUUUUUUUCCAGUGUGUAACUACAUAUAUCAGAUUUAGGCAUCUAUGUUUUGUCUCUUGACUAUAACAGCCAUAGUGUGUGUCAAACUGUGGUAUAUAGAAUUGUAGAAUAUAUACAUAUAUAUAAUGGAUGUGCAAUACAAAUCAGUUUGUUACUUUGUUUCA